AUGUUUCCAUAUAUAAGUCAUCUUUUGAUGCAUAAUAAACACUAAAUAACUGCUAAGAGCAUUAAUUGAGUAUUUUCUGUUUUGUAGUGCACACUUUAGCUCUGUCGUUCCUUCGAAACUUGAUCUGUGGUCCUAAGUGCUGUAGUGAAAGUCAACAGCUAUAUAUAAUUUGUUGAUAAGGUCCAGAAAACAACGUAAGAAAGAUAAAAUAACGUAAAAGAUUAUAGAUACGCAUAGUUUUUGUGAGUUAAGACGAAAUGUCAACUGAAGGGUAAGUCCUAAAUAUUUGUUGUUCUUCCUUCAGUUAAUUUUUUUCAAGGAAUAACUUUUUUCUUAAUAAAUUUUGGGUGUUGUCUCUAGUGCUUCAUGCUCAAGUGAAAUUUCAGUGGACGUAAGCGACGCGUUCCAACGUAUUAUGCUGAACAAGAGAUUCGGAAGCUGGAUUGAAUUCGAUAAUGCGCUAAAGGAUUUCCAUAAAGUACGAUAGGAUAAAUCUAUGUUUUCUCAGAUUACCCAUACACACUAUGUUCACGCAGAAAGUAGAUUGUUGAAGGAUGUGAGGUAUAAAUACUUGUUCGUAGUGUUUCGUUGCACGUUUGGUCGUAAACGUAAAUCAGAAGGUCUGAAUGUGAAUAAAAAACCGUAAGGACUCUAACUAAUGUGUUACGUUUAAGGUCUAAGUUUUUAAAUUGCCAAUCGAUGUUUCGCGUAAGAUUGGAGGGUCAACAAUACGUUAUAAAAUCUUACAACAUGUCUCACAACCAUCCGUGUACUAGUUCGUGGAUGGUUUGUGAUCCGUUUAGUAGAAGAUUGUCAGCAGAAGAAAAAGAAAACUUGAAACCGGUUAUAUUGCACUGUCAGUCGACGGACGAAGUUAUCGAAAGUAUUAAGGAAAGAACAGGUAAGCAGGUGACCGCUGCUGAUGUCAAAAAUCUGAAAGCUGAACUCUCCACUGGUUGGACUCGGAAACAGGUAUUGCAGAUCAUGCGACAAAAUGGCGAAGUUAGAGAGCAUGCAGAAAAUGGAUGUAUUACGGCGAUAUGCUUUAGCAGUUAUGAUCAGAUACGGCUGUACAAUCAAUAUCCCGAAGUUGUGUGUAUUGAUUCUACUUAUAAAACUAAUAAUAAAAAAUAUUCAUUAUUUCAGUUAGUGGUGACAGACAAUUGCGGUCGAGGUCGGACUGUUAUGUUUGCUUGGACACAAAAAGAAAAGCGGGCCGACGUUACGUGGAUUUUGGAUAAAUUCAAGGAAAUAAUGGGUGACACUACCAAAACAGAAACUUUUGUGAUGGAUUGCGCACGAUCUGAAAGCGCAGCUGUCCGUAUAACGCACGGGCAUGCAAACAUUAUUUUAUGCGCCUUUCAUGUCAUUCGCGCUUUCCGGAAAAAGACAACUGAUAAAAUACUGAAAACCUACUUGACACGACUGGUAACCGCAGAAACGGUCGGAAGAUUUAAUCAAUAUUAUAGAAUAAUAAACCGCAGAGACAGAGUGAUAGGCCAGUACCUAUCACGUUACUGGAUGCCACGUAAAGCAAUGUGGGCACGUGCCUUUUACGGCAGUGUAUUAACUUUGGGUAACAACACGAAUAAUCGUGUUGAGUCAUUAAAUAGACAGAUAAAAAGGUAUGUACGCAAAAGCGACAGCUUGCACAAAUGUAUGUACAAGGCUUUUAAGUGGAGUUCAAUGACAUUCUCUAGAAAAAGCAUUGAAGACGAAAUAGUCAGUAGAAGAACAUACAGUUAUGAUGCUCCACAACGCCUUAUACCCUUACUUAACAUGUUAACUCCGUUUGCAAGAUGCAAGGUGUUAUAUGAACUUAAAAAAAUGCGUUUUGUUAACUGUGAAUAUGAAAGCGGCGAGUGGUUGUUUAUGGCAGACCGCGGACAACAUUACGAAGUGGAUUUAAGUAUUUGUCAAUGUAAUUGUAGCACGUUUAAUAUGUGUCGAUAUCCGUGCCGCCAUCUCCUGCUGGCAUAUGUUAAAAGACGAAAUCUAACAG